AAAAUCGGUUGUGUUACCUUCUUCGGAACUAAAAAUGUUUUACUUAAUAAAGUGCGGAAAGUUGUACGUUUUUGAGAAAAAGAAAUGUAAAAUAAUAUCAAAAAACAUUUGUUUAACAAAAAUAAAUGGAGCUACUUUUGAAGCAGAAAUUAUUAAUUCCAGUGAAUCAAAAGAACUUCUCGAAGGCCUAUGCAAAAAGAUGAAUGAGGCGUUAUACAAGGCCAAGAGCAAAACCUCUGAUGGUGGCGUUAACAAAGAAAACAUUCAAAAAGAUUCUGUUAAACAAAAAUUGUCUUACAGCAGUGAAGUAAAUAAUAAUGAAGUGGAACUUUAUAAAGAAUUAGAGGGCCAAACCUCUGAUGGUGGCGUUAACAAAGAAAACAUUCAAAAAGAUUCUGUUAAACAAAAAUUGUCUUACAGCAGUGAAGUAAAUAAUAAUGAAGUGGAACUUUAUAAAGAAUUAGGUAAGUAA